AUGCAAACAAGAGAGUUUAAUACACAACUCAAUUAUUUACUCCCAAAUUCCAAUCCAUCAUCAUGCAACUACAACAUGUUCCAAACAUCUCAUCUCCAAAACCUCUCCAACCAAAUCCUCCAAGACUUCAGCCCUCAAUCCUCAUGCAUAAGCAAUAACUCAACCUCCGACGAAGCGGACGAGCAAACGAAAGGACUAAUCAACGAGAGAAAGCAUCGAAGAAUGAUAUCGAACCGGGAGUCAGCGCGCCGGUCGCGAAUGAGGAAACAGAAACACCUUGAUGAGCUUUGGUCACAGGUUGUUUGGCUGAGGAAUGAGAAUCAUAAACUAGUUGAUAAGUUGAACAGUUUUUCGGAGUCUCAUGAUAGAGUUGUGCAAGAGAAUGUUCAGUUGAAAGAACAAGCUUCGGAGCUUCGACAAAUGGUUUGUGACAUGCAGUUGCAUGGUUCUUGUCUUCCUUUGAGUCCUCUUGAGGAUGUUCCUAGCAUGAACUCACCUCAUGCCGAAUCUUGA